ACUCAGAACGAACAACACAAACUUACAAAAAUGUACAAAAUCGUAUUUUUCCUCGCCACCGUCGCAUUGGCGUCAGCCAAACCCAGCGCCAUCGUGGCAGCUCCAGCACCUCUGGUGGCAGCUUCAGCGCCUCUGUUAGCGGCCCCAGCACCCCUUGUAGCAGCCCCCGCUCCGGUCGUCACUGCCACAAGCUCCCAGUACGUUUCUAGAAACUUCAACGGUCUAGUUGCUGCCGCUGCUCCUUUGGUAGCUGCCCCUGCUUCAUACAGCUUCGCUCCAGCUGCCAGACUAGUAGCCCCAGCGGCAGCACCGUACGUAGCUGCAGCUGCUCCAGUUGUUCCUACAUACGCUCGCUACGCAGCUCCUUAUGCAGCAUCGCCGUAUAUUGCGGCUUCUGCUCCUUACAUCGCAGCACCCUAUGCUUCUGCUCCUUACAUCGCAGCACCCUAUGCUUCUGCUCCAUUCGUCGCCCUCAAGUGAAAGAACUGAACAAACCUAGACCAUAUCUAAUCCAAUAAAACA